AUGCGCGUCACAUCUUCCGUCAUCGCCUCAGCGGCGCUUCUGUCCACUGCCAACGCAGCUAUCAAGGGCUUCAACUACGGUGCUCAGUUCAACAACGAUGCUCCAAAGCUUCUUGUCGACUUCGAGUAUGAAUUCAACGCCGCCAAGAACCUGCCCGGUACCAAUGGUUGGACGAGUGCUCGUCUCUACACCAUGAUUCAGCACGGAACCUCGAACACUGUCAUCGAGGCUAUUCAGGCUGCUAUCAACACCAAAACCAAGUUGCUCUUGGGACUGUGGGCCUCUGCUGGCCAGGAGCAAUUCAACAACGAGAUUGCUGCGUUGAAGGCGGCCAUCGCUCAGCACGGCACUGCUUUCACUGACUUGGUCGAAGGCAUCUCGGUUGGCUCUGAGGAUCUCUACCGCAUCUCCGCCGACGGUGCUGGAGGAAAUCCUGGCACUCAGCCUGAUGUUCUUGUCAACUACAUCAAACAGACUCGUGCUGCUAUCGCCGGAACCCCUCUGGCUGGCGCUCCGCUGGGUCACGUCGACACAUGGCAAGUGUACAUCAAUGCCAGCAACAGUGAUGUCAUCAAAAACUUGGACUUCAUCGGAUUUGACGCCUACCCGUAUUUUCAGGGUGCCUUCGCCAACAGUGUAGGCAAUGGUGCCGACCUGUUCUUCGACGCCUAUAACCAGACCCGUGCUGUUGCACAAGGAAAGCCUAUCUGGGUGACUGAGACAGGAUGGCCCGUUAGUGGCGAGACUGUGGGCCAGGCUGUUCCCAGCGUUGACAAUGCACGCAUUUACUGGGAGGAUGUUGCCUGCAAGCUGGUCAAUGACAACGUCAACCUCUACUACUACCUCCUCCAGGACGUUCAGUGGGGCAACCCCAGCCCUUCCUUCGGCAUCAAGCCUGGGGGUGAUCUCGCCCAGGUUGACCCCCUGUUCGACCUGUCGUGCCCUAACGCGGCCAAGAACGAUCCUUUUGAAUCUCCAAGCUUGAUCGUCCCCAUCGACAAAACCGACCCUUCCAAAGUUGUUAGCAACGGCUAUGUUGCACAGCUAUCGCUGUCCAUGUCGACAGUCUUCGUCUUUGAUAUUCGCCCCGAACACCAAGGCAAGACUUGCAAUCUGGUCUUCCAUGUACCGCCGGCCUUCUCCUGGCCCGACAUGUCACCUUUCAAGAUUCGCUCACCAGGUGGGAUCAUCGUAUCUGGUGUGAACCAGCAAGUAGUUUCGGCCCAGAUAAGUGCAAACGAUAUUGGUAGCUUGGGUAUGGUUGGUUGGGUACCAUUCGUCCAGCCAGCCAACCAAUACGAAAUCGCCAGCGUACCUUGCGCGGCGGGUCAAAGGGUUGCUUAUCAAGCGGAGUCUGCCGGGGGUCUUGCCAUGGAUUUCUUCCAGAUGACGACACCACCACUGGGCUUGUUUGUAUCGGUCUAUUGAGCUCGAUGUAUCGUUCGAGCAGAGCGAUGGUAGUUUCCUGUCUGUUCAUAUAAAGUCUACUUUAGACUACUUCUCCGUAAAUAUUUAACUUCAUGUUCUUCACCUGCUAUCCUUAAGUUAACCUUGUUCUCCUCUCAUCAUAUAUAAGAUCG